AUGCCUGACAUACCUGACGGCGAUCUGCCUGCAAGGACUCACAAAUCCCGCAGACUGUGUUCAAACCUCUGCUUCAGGACGUACUCCGAUGCGAAGCUCGCUGGCCUUUUAAUCGAGAAUAACUUCCCUGUCACCUUGUUCGAGAAAGUCUUUAAUGCUGUUGUUGAUCCGGACUUCAAAUCUGAAGACAUUACGUUUAAAGAUAUAUGGGAUAUAUUUGAGUAUGUGUCUGCAAGGAGGAGUAAGGAUGGGAUGGAGAGGGAUACCGCUGUAGCUCCGCUUGAAGAUGAUCACAAUGAUGAAUAUUCGAAGCAGAGGGAGAUGAGAAUGGCAGGGGGAGUUCCGCGAGACAUAUUAAACUUGGUAGUCGAUCAACUAGUAGACGGUAGACUGCCGCUAGGUAUAGCAGCAAUGGACCCCAGACCAACCAACGCUUUCACCUCCAACAGUCCAGACCUCCAAAACAUGUCCCUCGUCCACCGUUCCUGGACAUCCGCCGCACAAAGAGGUCUCCGCCGUCGUGCAGUCAUACCAUCUCAACACAUAGCCGACUUCCUCCUAAGCUCUCUCUGCGGCCCAUGGAUAACAGAAAUGAUCAUCUACUGGCCCUUCAAUAAAUCAAAUAACGGAGACAUCGUCGGUACUAUGAAAGAUAAUAUCUGGGCUUUAGAGUCCUUACUCGAGCGGACACCUAACAUCCGGUCUUUAGUAUUCACUACUUCACUCGUCUGGAAUACUGAAAAUACUGGAAAUGUUGGACAUUUGUCAUCUGAUUCUCGGUGUAUCGACACGUGUCUAGAGAUAAUUACAGACCUCUUACCCAACCUCGAGAACUUAUGGCUCAAACAUCAUCGACCACUAACAAUAGAAAUUCCAAACGAACGAUCAUUUAACAAUUGUUGUGAACUGCGUAGUUUAUACCACUACCUCCCGAAACUGUCCUCUCUGAAAUACCUUUCGAUUCGUUGGUGGUCCAGCGACGACUUCGACGAUCCCUAUUCCGAUUCCGAUUCCGACCGCCAACUCAUUUGGGACGAGCAUCCUCCACCUGGAUUAAAGACCGUCGACUUGUACCUCUCUGGAGACCCACGAAAGGACGAUCUUACCUGGCUUCUCGAGAAGCGUGGCUCCUUCUCCCUCGACUCCCUAUCCCUAUACUUAGAACGCUACUCCCUAGGUGUUCCUUCAUCCUCAAGACUUCAAGGAGCCUUACGAGAUUGUCUUCCCGAGAUAAAGAAGCUGAAAUUAGUCAUUUAUCGAUCACCCAUUCUAGACUACAGGGUGGCAGACACAGGGAUAUCCGGAUCCGUUCCUGGACAAUUUUAUUCUCGCCUUUUAGAAUUGGCGAGUAACUUGAAGAACUUGGAGUUGUUUUUCUUCUUUGGAGAGUCGGACUUGAGGAAUAGGAUUAUAUACGGACCGUUCGAUUUACCGCCUUCUUUAGAGAACCUUGCAAUUCAUCUCGAAGACGACCGCAACCACCCGUCUACUCCAUCCACUUCCACUUCUGCUCCAGCUUCGUCAGAUCUCCAAGAUCUCCAAGUUUGGUUCUCAAUGGCAAUCGAGAAGUACAUCCUUGACCACCUCCCUUUCCUCCCUCAUUUACGGAAAAUCCUCGUUACACGAUCCCCGGCUCUCGAUCUGUAUACUUUGGAGGGUUGGGACUUGGAUGCUCUAAUCCCUCGCAUGGACGACAUGGGUCAAACUGCUAUUCAAAGAGGUAUUCAAAGAGGAGAGGUUAAAGCUAUCCUUUCUGAACCCCUCCGCACGAUUCUUGAACAGCGCGAUGUCGAUUUCGUCUUUAUCGACAACGCGUUUCCGAGAGGGUGGGAUAUCCCGCGUAGGGUAUGA